AUGUUCGAAGCGACGCAAUGCGCCCAUUCUGACGCGUCUUGUGUGGUUCUUGUGCAUCCUUCGCGUGGUGCGCGCGAGCAGGAUUCGGACAGACAAUCGGGGCGAUCUGGGCCGUCGGAUGCAUACACGGCGAGCGGUCGAGAUGAUGACGAUCAGAUGGACGAUUUCGACCGCGACUCCGCAGGGCGGGAGGCGGAGGUGGCGGAGGAGGCGGAGGGGGAUCCGACAACGGCAGCGAGGGCGCGGCUGGGGCGGGAAGCGGAGGAGGCGGAGGUGGAUCCGAUGCUGCUCGCGCGGUUGGGGCGGGAGGCGGAGGAGGCGGAGGUGGAUCCGAUGCUGCUCGAGAACGGCAGCGAGGGCGGGCGCGGGCGGGAAGCGGAGGAGGCGGAGGUGGAUCCGAUGCUGUUCGAGAACGGCAGCGAGGGCGGCGAGGGGGACGGCGCGGCGGAGCGAGCGGGCGAGGAGGAGGAAGAAGAGGGCGAGGAUCUGCUGAGGGAUGACUUUCUGGACGACUACCGCCCCAUGCCCCACCUGGACGAGUACGAGAGGGAGCACCUGGCGGACAGUGAGGGCGACACCAGGAGCAGCGGGCAGCGGGCGGCAGACAGGCGGGCGGCGGAGCGAGAAAUGGCACGCCGAGACGCCGGGAGGAGGGGCGCUGGGGGGGAUGAUGGGGGGAACCGACUGCCGUCUAUUCUGAGGGACCAAGACGACGACGACAGCGGGCUCUUCACCCGCAGGGGGCCGCGCCGGCGACGCACCGACUCUGCUGAUGCUGCCGUGGGGGUGAGUGUGAUACUCAGGUCAAUGGGGGGUAGCUUUGCUACGGAGGGAACGGGGGGAGGGGAAGAGGAGGAAGCGGAGGAGGAGGAUGAUAUCAAUGAUGACUCGCUCUACAACAUGCAGGUGAUUGCAUCAGUCAACAGUCAGGGAAGUCUGAGGGAGUGGGUCUCCCGGGACGAGGUGCGGCGAUUCAUGGCACGGCGCUUCCGGCACUUCCUGCAGACGUUCAAGGACAGCAGAGGGCGGCACCGCGGGGACAGCGAUGCCGACUAUGCCAUUCGCAUUCGCGAGCUGGUGGAGAUGAACAGCUGCUCCCUGGAGCUGGACUAUUCGCACCUCCUCACCACCCACCCCAUCCUCGCUGUGUGGCUUGCUGACGCACCCAAGCAGGUGCUGGAAGUGUUGGACGAGGUGGCCCAAGCGGAGGUGUUCCGCGCCUUCCCCAUGUACGAGCAGGUGCACGAGCGCAUCUACGUGCGUGUGGCGGGACUGCCCGUCAUCGACCAGAUCCGCGACAUCAGGCAGACACAUCUCAACUGUCUCAUCCGCGUGGGAGGCGUUGUCACUCGUAGGACGGGAGUGUUCCCCCAGCUGCAGCAGGUGAAGUACAACUGCAUCAAGUGCGGCGCCAUCCUGGGCCCCUUCUUCCAGACGUCCUCCUCGGAAAUUCGCAUCCGCACGUGCGCUGAGUGCCAGUCCAAGGGGCCGUUCCAGGUCAACGUGGAGCAGACCAUCUACCGCAACUACCAGAAGAUGACCCUGCAGGAGAGCCCUGGUUCUGUGCCGGCGGGGCGGCUGCCGCGCUACAAGGAGGUGGUGCUGCUCAACGACUUGAUCGACUGUGCUAGGCCGGGUGAAGAGAUUGAGGUGACGGGCAUCUAUGUGAACAACUUUGACGCGGCGCUGAACACGAGGCAGGGCUUCCCGGUGUUCUCCACGGUGAUAGAGGCCAACCACAUCAGCAAGCGGCAGGACGCCUUCGCUGCUUACCGGCUGACGGAUGAAGACAAGGAGGAGAUCAUGCGGCUGUCCAGGGACCCACGCAUUGCUGAGAGGAUCAUAAAGUCCAUCGCCCCCUCCAUCUACGGCCAUGAGAACGUGAAGACGUCACUGGCUCUGGCCAUGUUCGGGGGGCAGGAGAAGAAUGCGGGCGGCAAGCACCGGCUGAGGGGCGACAUCAAUGCGCUGCUUCUGGGAGACCCCGGCACGGCCAAGUCGCAGUUCCUCAAGUAUCUGGAAAAGACAGCGCAUAGGGCGGUCUACACAACGGGAAAAGGCGCAUCUGCGGUGGGCCUGACAGCAGCCGUGCACAAGGACCCCGUCACGCGCGAGUGGACGCUGGAGGGGGGGGCGCUGGUGCUGGCUGACAGAGGCACUUGCCUCAUUGAUGAGUUCGACAAGAUGAGCGAACAGGACAGGGUGUCCAUCCACGAGGCCAUGGAGCAGCAGAGCAUCAGCAUCAGCAAGGCGGGCAUCGUCACGUCCCUCGCUGCCCGGUGCUCCGUCAUUGCCGCUGCCAACCCCAUCGGGGGAAGGUACGACUCCAGCAAGACGUUUGGGCAGAACGUGGAGCUCUCAGAGCCAAUUCUCUCCCGCUUUGACUGCCUUCUGGUCAUCAAGGAUCUGGUGGAUCCCGUGGUGGACGAGCACUUGGCGCGCUUUGUGGUGGGCAGCCACCAGAAGUCGCACCCGCAGGCGCAUGGGCAUGGCAGUGAUGGGCCAGCGAGAGAAGAGGACCCCGAUAUCAUCCCUCAGGACCUUCUGAGAAAGUACGUCACCUACGCCCGCCAGAACGUCUUCCCGCGUAUGCACGACGCUGACGCUGACAAGAUCGCGCUUGUCUACGCCGACCUGCGCCGCCAGUCCCUGCAAGGGCAGGGUGUGCCAAUAGCGGUGCGCCACGUGGAGUCGAUGAUCCGCAUGUCAGAGGCGCACGCCAGGAUGCAUCUGCGGCCGUUUGUCACCGACGAUGAUGUGGACACCGCCAUCCGCGUCUUGUUGGAGUCAUUCAUCGGGACACAGAAAUAUGGGGUGCAGCGGGCAUUGGAAAAGUCCUUCAGUCGCUAUAUGUCACACCGGAGGGAUCUGCACCAGCUGCUGCUGCACCUGCUGAGGCAGCAGCUGAGGGAGGCGCUGAGGCUGAGGGACCUGGGGUGGACCCAGCCCAGCCGCCGCGGGGGAGGAGCGGCAGGAGAGGGGGAGGAGGUGGUGGAGAUGCGAGUGGAUGAGCUGGAAGCCAAGGCUCGCGAAUACGGCAUUGUGGAUUUGAGCUCUUUCUUUGCGAGUCGCCACUUCACUGACAACCAUUUCACUCUUGAUACGCUGCACCGCAUCGUGCUGCACCCCGUGGUGUAG